AUGAGCAGCUCUGACUCAGUCGGGUCAUUGCUUGCGGCCAUUGCGACUCUUUUAUCUCAGGGAUUGCGAAUCCUCAGUUUGGCCGACAAGAGCCAUUGGGGACCGGACGAGCACGAGCAAGUACACGCCUUUGCUUCUGCGCUGGAUGAAGCCAAGAAGGACUUUCAAGAAUUGGCACCUUUGGUUAAUGGACAGAUAUACUAUGAAACCGACCGGAAACAGCACAAUGUCGAGCAGCACGUCGAAUUUACAGUUCGGAAAAAGAAGGAUCGGCAAGGUGUUUGGGAGCUUUCCUCGUCUACCGACAGCAGCGACAAUGGACGUUAA